CCGCUAGCUUGCUAACUAUCCAGGGCACACCGUGUACUCGUGUUUUACUGCCUGUGGAGGUCUGCUCUGUCCGGCUGCUGCUGCUGCUGUGUCCGUGUCGCAGAUUAUCCCCUUCGGCUUUGUCGUCUGUCAGCACCCGGUUGCCUUUUGGACAAGGACGGUCGUUCGUCCAGUUUCGACUGUAAGAAUUAAUGUGCCUGAGUGUCUGACACACGUCUGUUCCAUGGCUACCUCGGGCUUCACCUCUUCUGCCUCCAUCACUGCCGCUGUGCCUGAGGGUUUCCAUUAUGAAACCAAAUAUGUCGUCCUUAACUAUCUGGGAAUGCUGCCCGCCGGUAGAUCACAGGCACCAGCUCUGUCUCAAGGAGAUGUCCAGAACGAGAGGGAGAGGACCAGAAUGAUUAAAGAGCAGAUAGAGGAUGAGCUGAGACGACUGGAAGAUGAAAUCGCUGCCUCUUUUUCCAGCACAGGUUUUGACCGCCACACAUCGCUGGUGUUCAGCCCGGCCAACCCAGAGAGCUCCAUUGAAGACUGCCUUGCUGCGAUGGGAGAUAAAGUGUCCAGAGAGCUGGACACACACCUGACAGCAGCCACGCACACACUCCUCACAGGACCUCUGGACUAUCAGAAAUUCAGAGACACAGCACUGGAUCUGUCCACACACACACAAGGAGGCUGGAGCAAGGUCCUCGUGCCGUUGGUGCUGCUCCAGUCUUUACAGAGUGAAUGCCAGUCUGUGGCGACUCUAUUGAAUCUUGGGCUGCGCUACCUGGAGGAAGACGAAGCUGCCUUCAUCAUCCAGCAAGGGGGUUGGGGUGAAGUAUUCAGUCUGGUGUCAGAGGAGGAGCGAGGCGUGACCAUCGCUGAAGACAGCAACGACAUUUACAUCCUCUCAGGGGACCACCAUCCGGACCAGCUCAGCCCUCCGUCGUCGCUGCUCUGCACCGGAGAGAACAGCAGCGAGCAGAGCUCCUGGCAGACGGAAAGCUUGCCUGUGUCUCUGGCCGGCCACGAGUCCUGGGCACAGGUUGGAAUGAUGGAUCCCGAAGAUGUCAAGAGCUUGGACAGCAACGAGGGUGUGGCUCUGGCUGAGGAACGCAGCGAGAACAACUCCUCGAACUCGGACAUUGUCCACGUGGAACGCGAGGAGGCCGAGCUGCUGGAGGAAGGCGGUGAAGCCGGAGCGAUAGAAGAAAGCAUGAUGAGCGUUUUAGGCACUGAGAGCGAGCUGGCCGAGCUCAGGGAGGAAUUCAGGGACCAGACUCCACCCGUUCCAGCAUCGGAUCAGGCCGACUUCACGCCUCCAGCUUCCUUGAUUUCCUUAGAGGAGCCGGUUGUGAUAGAGACUCCUGCGAGCUUGUCUGCAGAACCUUCCCUCAUCUCCUCAGGACCAGAGCUGCCCCUCCCUGAAGCCGCCCCUCCUGCUGAACCAGAACCCGCAGCACCUUCACCUGUUCCUGCAGUAGAACCAGAGCCUGAGCCAGAACCAGCUGCUGCCACCGCCCCCGUGCCUGCUGAGGUGGAGACCCCGCCUCCAGCCAAGGAGCCCCCAGUACCAGAGCCUGAACCCACAGCAGAACCAGCUUCUGAACCAGAGCCGGAGCCCGUCUCAGUGCCUCAAGUACCAGAGGAGCCCCAGCCAGAACCAGAGACUGUGGCCGAGCCUGACGCCACGCUGAGUGAGCCUCCAGUCCCCCAGGCUGCAGAGGCCCCUGCAGAGGCCCCUGCAGAGGCCCCUGCAGAGGCCCCUGUAGAGGCCCCUGUAGAGGCCCCCGCUGAGGAGGCCCUGGUGCAACCGGUCCCAGCAUCAGAGCUCCAGGUCCUGCUCUAUGGAGGCGCUGCCCUGGCGGUCCUCGCUGCUGUCAUGGCGUACGGCGUCAUAAGAUUCAGAAGGAAGUAGAACAGAAAACCAUCAUGCAAAUGUUAAGGUAGAAAUAAACACAUGGCGGGACUCUCCUUACAAACGGUAUUGGAUUUAUCAAAGGAGGUUUUUUUUUUAAAUCUAAUAUACUUUUGAAGGUUUUAUAAUCUGUGAAAGCCCCCCUCCCCUACCAUUAUCCUCCCAGCAAACCAAAACUUCACCUCAUCCACAGCCUUGUGUCGGUGUUCCUGGCUGUCAUUCGACCAGGUGCUACCACAGAACGGGGAAAACGAUGCACUCCACUGUUCUUCUGACUUUCUCCAUGUUGUCUUUUCAGUUCUUUUUAACUCCAGCCUUUCAGCUCGUAGCUCUCCUCCUCUGCUAGUUUUGGUUUCUGCUCUUCUGUUGCGUCUGUGGCUUUUCUGUUUGCUACCAUUUGAGUCAUGGAAAACUCACUGACAGUGCUCCCGUACAUAAAGUAAACCUCAAAGUCCACGUGUGCUGCUGCUGUGUCACUUGUUAUUUUCUAGCUCUUCCUGUUCCUAUGCAGCAAAGUGCCAUUUAUAUUCCCCCCUGUAUGAUGCUUCCUCUGAUAAAUGAACCAAAUGUAGAAUUUAGAAAUUAAAUCUGAUUCAUUUUGUGUCGAUUUGAAACCACUUCCAAUAAAAUCUGGGUUUAUUAGGUCAAAUUAAUGUUACAUUUUCCCACAAGGGAUGUGUUUUACUUCAGGUGUUUAAAUUGUUAUGUGUGGAAACAUUAAAGAUUUUACCCCAGGAUGGAUGAAAAUAUUUAACCCUCCUGUUGUCCUCAUUUACAGGCACCAAAAAAUUGUUUCCUUGUCUGAAAAAAUCCAAAAAUUCUGCGAAAAAAAUCCACAAAUUUCUGAAAAUUUGCAAAACCUUCAGGAACAAAAUUCCAAUAAUUCCUUGAAAGUUCCAUUAAAAAUUUUAUUUUAAAAAAAUCCCCCAAAUUUGGCAAGAAAAUUCUUGUAAAUAUCUUCCAAAAAAAUCCUAAAAAUAUCUAAAAUGAUUCCACAUAUAUCAGUAAAAUUUGUAAUAUUUUCUUUAAGAACAUUCACAUAAAAAUAAACCAAAAUCCAGCGAAUUUCACAGAUUUUUUGCGAAUGUUCUUAAGAAACAUUUUAAACAUUUUUUUUCCACCAAAAAAUGUUCAGAGUUCCAAAAAAUGUUGUGGACAUCAGAAGUUUCACUGUGAAAAUAUAUUUUUCCCCACAUUUUCAAACUUUAAAACGGGUCAAUUUUGACCCGCAGGACGACACGAGGGUUAAAUGUGCCCUAAGGUAGAACACUACCGCUGCCACCAGUGUGUGAAUCUUCUGAUACUGUGAUGGUCUAAAAACACUUUAUUACAACAAGGUAGUACUUCUUGUUGCAGUGCGGUUUUGUCACUGGUGUUUCAUACGUACAGUACAUGUGUUCCUUUUAAACUGCACUACAUUUUGAUGUCAGCUGCUGCUUGUGCUCAACAAAACAAAGCGAGUGCAGAAAGAAUGUGACCGCUGCACGUGAAUUCAGUCUUCCCUUUAAUCAAAAUGCACAAGAAACUCCACUUCCCCACUCCAGAAUCAUCCCCUUCUCAGCCAGGUGUCUUUAAUCCCCAGUGUUUCCCCCUUCUGCUCCACAACUCGUAUUUCUGACUCCUGUCCCACUGACAGGAUGUGAACUACAAACCCUCCCCAAGUAGUAGAAAAUAAGUCAGUAGGCCGCUGAGAGGUGUUGAAAGCCAAGCCAGAUUCUUCAGUGACAAUCAAAAUUGCAUGUUUCGGUUUCGGUUUCACGUGUGCUUAGAGGAUGGUGUUCCAGAUUUGAUUUCUAAGUGAUUGUAAUAAAUAAAAGUGAACUCAACCUCUGA